UUGAGGUUCCGGCUGAUCCCGCAGGGGCUGCCGGGUUUGCCCGCUUCUCACGACCCUGUUCUGCUCACAGGAUCCCAUGGCGGCCCUGGCGCUGAUGGAUGGGGCUCAGGGCUGUGUGACCUUCGAGGAUGUGUUCGUGUACUUCUCCCGGGAGGAGUGGGAGCUCCUUGAGGAAGCUCAGAGACUCCUGUACCGUGAUGUGAUGCUGGAGAACUUUGCGCUUGUGGCCUCACUGGGUUGUUGGCGUGAAACAGAUAACGAGGAGACUCCUUCUGAGCAGAGCAUUUCUGUAGGAUUGUCGCAGCUCAGGACUCCCGAGUCAGGUGCAGUUAUCCAGAAAGCCCACCCAUGUGAGGCGUGUGACCCACUCUUAAAAGACGUUUUGCGCUUGGCCGAACACCAGGGAUCACACCCCUUGCAGAAACUGUACACACGUGGCCCCUGUGGGAGAGGAUUCUUGAUCGGUGCAAACUUUUACCAGCACCAAAAGCGGUACAGUGGAGAGGAUCUCUUCAGGCUGGGUGCUGGUGCGGCCUCAUAUGUGAGGAGCUGUGCAGUCCACAUGUUAGGGAGACCGUUUACUUGCAGGGAGGAAGGGAUGGACUUGCUGGACAGGUCUGGCCUCUUCUUUUGCCAGACCACUGUCAAUGGGACGAUUCCACACGAAAGCACUGAGGUCACGGAAUCCUUCCCACACAGCACCAGUCUUGGCCAGCACCAGGGAGGCCAUGAUGGACUGGUGCUUUUCAGUUGCACUGACAAUGGGAAGGGCUUCCUGAAUACCUUUACUGUCCUUGGCAACCGGAUAAAUGAUACUGAAGUAAGACCUUUUAGAUGCCCGCCAUGUGGAAGUAUGUCCAAGGAGAGAUCAGCACUUACUAAUCACAGAAAAGUUCACAGUGGAGAAAUAUCACAUGUGUGUAAAGAGUGUGGAAAGGCCUUCAUUCAUUUGCCUCACCUAAAAAUGCACCAGAAAUUUCACACUGGAAAAAGACAUCACACAUGUAGUGAAUGCGGGAAGGCCUUCAGCCGCAAAGACACGCUUGUUCAACACCAGAGAGUUCACACUGGAGAAAGGUCUUAUGACUGCAGUGAGUGUGGAAAAGCCUACAGCAGAAGUUCCCACCUUGUUCAACACCAGAGAAUUCACACUGGCGAAAGGCCUUAUAAGUGCAGUGAGUGUGGAAAAGCCUUCAGCCGCAAAGACACUCUCGUGCAGCACCAGAGGUUCCACACUGGAGAAAGGCCUUACGAGUGCAGUGAAUGUGGGAAAUUCUUCAGCCAAAGCUCCCACCUUAUUGAGCACUGGAGGAUUCACACUGGGGCACGGCCUUAUGAAUGCAUUGAAUGUGGAAAGUUUUUUAGCCAUAACUCGAGCCUCAUUAAACAUCGGAGAGUUCACACAGGAGCAAGGUCUUACGUGUGCAGCAAAUGUGGGAAAGCUUUCAGCUGCAAAGACACACUUGUCCAGCACCAGAUAAUUCACACUGGAGCAAGGCCUUACGAGUGCAGCGAAUGUGGGAAAGCCUUUAGUCGUAAAGACACACUUGUGCAGCACCAGAAAAUCCACACUGGAGAAAGGCCUUAUGAGUGUGGUGAAUGUGGGAAAUUUUUUAGCCAUAGCUCCAACCUUAUUGUACACCAGAGAAUUCACACUGGAGCGAAGCCUUAUGAGUGCAGUGAAUGUGGAAAAUGCUUCAGCCACAAUUCCAGCCUCAUUCUACACCAGAGAGUUCACACCGGAGCAAGGCCUUACGUGUGCAGUGAAUGUGGAAAAGCCUACAUUAGUAGCUCCCACCUUGUUCAACACAAGAAAGUUCACACUGGAGCAAGACCUUAUGAAUGUCGUGAAUGUGGGAAAUUCUUUAGCCGGAACUCUAGCCUCAUUCUACAUCAGCGGGUUCACACUGGAGAAAAGCCUUACGUGUGCAGCGAAUGUGGGAAAGCCUACAGUAGAAGUUCCCAUCUUGUUCGGCAUCAGAAAGUUCACACUGGAGAAAAGCCUCAUGAAUGCAGUAGUUUUGAUGGUCCUUUAGCUACAUCUCUUAAACUUGUUUAGCAUCAGAAAGCUCACACUAGAGAAAGGCCUUAUGAA